AUGGAGGGACUAUUCACUCUGCUCGCUUUGAGCAUUGUGAUGGCAGUAACAUCCUUUGUCGUUGGCUCAUUACCUCUCGCCUUUACGCUCUCCCCAUCCCAACUACGAUUAAUAUCUUCCAUUGGCAUGGGAGUUUUGGUAGGGACUUCUUUGAUCGUGAUUAUCCCGGAAGGUAUCGAGACCCUUUACAGCGCCAACUCCCUCAAUCCCAAGGAACUCAAUACCCGGGCGACAGCUGUCCAAUGGCACCAGGCACCCGCUGUGGCAGCCGCCUUUGGUUCAAAUGAAGCCAGCGCCAACAUUCCAUCCGAUGCUGUUGUCCCAGGUCUGCCCUUGGAAAGAGAAGAGACAGUGCCCAUCAUUCGCAUUGACGAAACCGACUCGCAGCGGCUGCGUGCCCGGAAGGAGGAAUCGUCGGGCGACAAAUCAAGCAAAGGAUCAAGCGACGAAAAUGAGGAGAGCUCGCCCCAUGCGUGGAUUGGAAUCGCCCUCAUCAGCGGAUUCAUCCUGAUGUACCUCGUCGACAAACUACCCGAAUUUGCAGCGCCUACCAAAACCGACCGGACCCCAUACCAUAUCUCCCUGGAUAACCUUGGAUCGGGACUGCGACGGGGCUCCUCGCCCUCUCGCGAGGGAGGUCUGCUGGAUGCAAACCACGCCAGACGUGGCCACAGCUUCGCGACCACCACCGGCCUGGUGAUCCAUGCUGCGGCGGACGGAAUUGCCUUGGGCGCAUCCAGCUCCGAUACCGGGCUGAGCUUCAUUAUCUUCUUGGCGAUCAUGGUACACAAGGCACCCGCGUCCUUCGGUCUGACCUCUGUCCUGCUCAAGCAGGGCCUGUCAAGCCGUACAGCCAGAGCGCAUCUACUGGUCUUCAGUCUUGCUGCUCCGCUCGGCGCUUUGGCCACUUUCCUUUUUGUACAGAUGAUGGGAUCUUCCACCGCCGAUGAGGCAGGCACUCACUGGCGCACUGGAAUGCUUCUGCUUUUCUCCGGAGGCACUUUCUUGUACGUUGCUAUGCAUACCAUGCAAGAAAAUGGCCCGGGCUCAUCGCCACGCGAACUGCCCGUCAACGGAUAUGGUGACCGGGAUCAGAGUGGAUCGGACAAGUCGCUGAGAGACUUGAUUGCUUCUGUUUUGGGCAUGAUCCUGCCUCUGUUCUUGCAGAUCGGACAUGCCCACUAA